AUGACUUGUAAAAUUUGUAUACUCCUGAUAAAUUUGUUUUGGGUCACAACACACGCCACAGAAAAACUAAUCCAACCAACUGUAUGCUCCAUACAUGCUGGCUGUGUUUUGGGCACACAAAUGCCUGGUUAUAGAAUUCCGAGUUUUGAAGCAUUUCUAGGUAUACCAUAUGCCCGGCCACCGAUUGGAAAUUUACGAUUUGCGCAUCCCCAACCCCAUCCCAAAUGGCAGGGUAUAUUAAAUGCCACAAGUCCAAAAUCCGAUUGUAUACAGAAAAAUGUUUUAGUGCCCAAUUCGAAUGUGACAGGAGAAGAGGAUUGCCUUUAUCUCAAUAUCUAUCGGCCGAAGGUAAGAUCCAAACUUUUGCCUGUUAUGGUUUAUUUUCAUGGUGGUGGUUUUUAUUCUGGUACCACCAAUCCCAAUGUCUAUGGGCCGGAAUAUUUUAUGGAUACCCAAGAAGUGAUUUUGGUUAUACCAGCCCAUCGUCUAGGAAUAUUUGGAUUUUUAUCGACACAUGAUUCCGUUAUAAGCGGCAAUUUUGGUUUGAAAGAUCAAACCUUGGCUCUCAAAUGGAUACAAGAAAAUAUUCAAGCCUUUGGCGGUGAUCCAAAACGUGUAACAUUAUUUUGACAAAGUGCAGGAGGUAUUGCCGCACACAUGCACAUGCUUAGCCCUCACUCCGAAGGAUUAUUUGAAAGUAUUAUAGCACAAAGUGGUACAGCUAGUAUAGCAGCCACCUUACAGGAAGAUCCACUACGGGUUACCUUGGACAUUCUGAAAUAUUUAAAUAUUUCCAAUGUAAAUACUCUAAAAUCCACACAAAUAUUGGACAUUUUACGUUCCCUGGAUGCCCGUACUCUAUUGGAAGCUGUUGAUAAAUUAAAAUAUUGGCACACUUAUCGUGACACCAUAUUUUCAAUUGUUGUGGAAAAUUUCAAAUCUCCAGAUGCUUUUCUCACGGAACACCCUUUGGAAAUUAUGCAUAAAGCUAAGUAUAAACCAACACGCUUUAUGGCCGGUUUUGUUCCACAGGAAGGUGCCGUAUUUUCUAUUCCAAUAUGGAAUUUCGAAAAUUUACGCAAGUCGCUUAAUCGAAAUUUUAGAAACCUCUUAGAACGGUUACUUAUAUUUCCUUUGAGUUUCGGGCGUGAACAAAUUGAUGCAGCCAUGGAUAAAAUUAUUGAGGAAUAUUUUCAAGGUCAAGCCGUUUUGAAUAAGGAGGGGACACUGAAUUUAUUUUCCGAUCGUGUAUUUCUGCAUUCGUUCUAUCACGAUACGUUGACAUUUGCGAAUACCAUCGAUACCCAGAAAUAUCCACUACAAUUGUACAUAUUCAAUUACAAAGGACCCUAUAGUUAUGCCUCAAUAUUUUCAGGAGGUUUAAGCAAUUUAAAAUAUGGUGUCAUUCAUUCCGAUGAAUUAUUAUACCUAUUUCGAUCGCCAGCAUAUUUUCCCGACUAUCCGGCAAAUUCCACAGAUGCCAACGUGAGUCAGGAAUUUGUGCGAUAUUUUGUUGAUUUUGCUGUUAAUCGAAAUUCACCUUCAACACCAAAAUGUAACAAAGAAAAUUAUCCACUUGAUUCGCAAGAUAAAAUAUGUGAUUAUACAUAUUUCCAUAAUGAUGGGAAGGAUUCAUAUAUUAUGGAAACUAAUAAUUAUUUUAAUGUGAGACGAAUCAAAGUUUUGGAAGAGAUUUUCCAAUAUAAACUAAGGAAAUAA